UUCCCCGCCAAAAGCCUAAUAAGUAGCCGCAUCCUCUCCUCCUUCUCUCCCUCUCCUCUCCUCUCCUCUCCUCUUCCUCCUCCUCCAUCGCCUCCUCUCUCACCUCCUCUCACCUCCCAUCUCUCAUCCCCAUCUCAUCCCACCAUGUCCUACGGCGCAGACGCUUCCACUUCCCCCUGGGACGUCCGCCUCAAACGCCACCUCGCUACUCGCUUGUCUACCUUGCGUCCGCCCGGCACCCGCAUCACCAACCCCUUCCCUGCCCUUCGCCUCCUCUCCCGCAAGCAGUGGCUCUUCUUCCUCGUCGCCCUCGCCGGCUGGACCUGGGACGCCUUUGACUUCUUCACCGUCUCCCUUGUCACAAAGGCACUCGCUGAGGACCUUAAUGUUACUGUCAAAGAUAUCACCUGGGGUAUCACCCUCGUCCUCAUGCUCCGCUCCGUCGGCGCUGUCAUCUUUGGUCUCCUCUCCGAUCGCUUUGGCAGAAAAUGGCCCUUCGUCGCAAACUGCUUCCUCUUCAUCGUCUUAGAGCUCGGCACUGGCUUUGUACAGACCUACAAGCAGUUCCUUGGCGUCCGCGCUCUCUUUGGAAUCGCUAUGGGCGGUAUCUACGGUAACUGCGCCGUCACCGCCCUCGACGACUGCCCUCUCGAAGCUCGCGGGAUCAUUUCCGGCAUGCUCCAGGAGGGCUACGCCCUCGGCUAUUUGCUUGCCGUCAUCUUCAACCGCGCCCUCACCUACACCACCGCGAAGGGCUGGCGCUCGCUCUUCUGGUUUGGCGCCGGUCCUCCUGUUCUGAUCAUCAUCUUCAGACUGUGCCUGCCCGAGACCGACACCUACCUCGCGCAGAAGUUUGUCGAGCGCGAGGACAAGAAGACGGAAUUCGUCAAGGCUGCAAAGCACUCUGUCAAGGAUUACUGGCACAUCAUGAUCUACCUCGUCAUUCUCAUGGCUGGCUUCAACUUCAUGUCGCACGGCUCGCAGGAUCUCUACCCGACCAUGCUCGACGUGCAGCUUGAGUUCUCGAGCGACAAGUCCACCGUCACCAUGGUCGUCGCCAAUCUCGGCGCCAUCGCCGGUGGCAUUGUCUUUGGCCACAUCUCCGAAACAGUCGGCCGCCGGCUGACAAUCAUAAUUGCCUGUGUCCUCGGCGGCGCGCUCGUCUACCCCUGGGCAUUCGUCCGCAACAACGGCAUCAUGGCCGCUGUCUUCUUCCUGCAGUUCAUGGUUCAGGGCGCAUGGGGCGUCAUCCCCAUCUACCUCUCGGAGAUGUCUCCACCCACCAUUCGCGCCUUCAUCGUCGGUCUCGCCUACCAGCUAGGCAACCUCGCCUCCUCUGCCUCCUCCACGAUCGAGUCCACCAUCGGCAAACGCUUCCCGCUUGCCGAAACAGAGCUGUCCGCAGCCUCCUCCGUCAAGCGCUACGACUACGGCAAAGUCAUGGCCAUCUUCAUGGGCUGCGUCUUUGCCUUUGUGCUCAUCGUCAUCUUCCUCGGCCCCGAGAACAGCCAGACUGCAGAGCAGCAGCAUGCGGAUAUGAAGAAUGAGCUGCAGGACGAUCUCGAUGCUUUGGAGCUGCAGAAGCAGAACGCGGCGCACCAUGAGUCUGAGCCGAAGGAGGAGACUGCUGCUCACGUUUGAUUUGCUUAAUGUUUGCCUGUAUUUGACGUGGGUUUUGUUAACUUGGAUGUGUUUAAUUUUGGUGCCGGACUAUUCUGUAGUUUGUUUGGUUGGCUUUUUGUGAUAUUAUGUCGUUUGGUGCUUUUUGAGAAUAUGUACUUGAUCUGAUGCUGAAUUGUCACUCGUACUGUUUUGGGCUCUGUAAUAUUGGUUGUUUGUGAUA